CGGCCCCCGCAUUCUGCCGCGCACGGCCAGCUAUCUAGGUGUCUUAAUCGCUCGGCUCUCCACUUCUCUCGCCUAGCUCUGCUCUUCUUCCUCAUUCCCUCCCUCCCUCCGUCUCAUCAUCCUCCUCCUCCUCCUCAUACCCUCCCCCUAAGUUCGAUGUGAUCGGCUCUUGGCCCUGCCGUGAGUUCUCAGUGCGGGCGACAGCGCUGCUGAACAUGGCGUCAGACGGGAUGAUUUUAACAAACCACGACCACCAAAUCCGUGUCGGAGUCUUGACAGUGAGUGACAGCUGUUUUAGGAACCUGGCAGAGGACCGCAGUGGAAUCAACCUCAAAGAUCUCGUCCACGACCCCUCCCUGCUGGGAGGCUUUAUUUCAGCCUAUAAAAUCGUGCCAGAUGAAAUUGACGAGAUUAAGGAGACUCUGGUGGACUGGUGUGAUGAGAAAGAACUCAAUCUCAUCUUGACAACCGGGGGGACCGGUUUCGCUCCCCGUGAUGUCACACCUGAGGCUACUAGAGAGGUGAUAGAGCGGGAGGCUCCAGGGAUGUCUCUGGCCAUGCUGAUGGGUUCUCUCAACGUCACACCACUAGGCAUGCUCUCCAGACCCGUGUGCGGCAUCCGUGGCAAGACACUUAUCAUUAACUUGCCAGGGAGCAAGAAGGGUUCACAGGAGUGUUUCCAGUUCAUCCUGCCUGCGCUGCCCCAUGCCAUUGACCUACUCCGGGACGCCGUGGUCAAGGUGAAGGAGGCAGUGGAUGAGCUGGAGGACCUCCCCUCGCCCCCGCCGCCCCUCUCACCGCCCCCCAAUAGCUCGCCGCGGCGCCAGACGGAAGACAAGGGCGUGCAGUGUGAGGAGGAGGACGAUGAGAAGAAGGACAGCGGUGUGGCGUCCACUGAGGACUCCUCGUCCUCGCACAUCACCGCCGCCUCCAUCGCCGCCAAGGUAACCAAUGGGGAGAUCCCAGACAGCAUCAUCUCCAGGGGUGUCCAGGUCCUCCCCAGAGACACAGCCUCUCUGAGCACCACGCCCUCCGAGUCACCCCGUGCCCAGGCCACCUCGCGCCUCUCCACCGCCUCCUGCCCCACGCCCAAAGCGCGGCUCCCCUCCUGUUCAUCCACCCUAAGCAUUGCUGAGGCCUCACGGAGAGAGUUCAGGGCUCACCUGGAUGAGGUCAUCACGCUCAAGUCAAGGUACUCUACCUUGGACCAGCUCCAGUGUAGGUUGGAGGGGCUUAAAGAUGAUCGCAGGAGCCAUAGGACCUUCAGCUCUCGAGUGCAGUCACGAUGCAGCAGCAAAGAAAAUAUCCUAAGAUCAAGUCACAGUGCGGUGGACAUCACCAAGGUGGCCCGGAGACACCGCAUGUCCCCGUUCCCCCUCACCUCAAUGGACAAGGCCUUCAUCACUGUGCUAGAGAUGACUGCCAUCCUGGGUACUGAGAUCAUCAACUACAGAGAUGGGAUGGGUCGAGUCCUGGCUCAGGACGUUUAUGCCAAAGACAACCUGCCCCCGUUCCCCGCCUCUGUCAAGGAUGGUUAUGCUGUAAGAGCGGCUGACGGUCCAGGCGACCGUUUCAUCAUCGGAGAGUCCCAGGCUGGAGAACAGCCCACCCACACAGUGAUGCCAGGCCAGGUGAUGAGGGUGACGACAGGGGCUCCUAUCCCCUGUGGGGCGGACGCUGUGGUGCAGGUGGAGGACACAGAGCUGCUCCGCGAGUCUGAGGACGGCACCGAGGAGCUGGAGGUGCGGAUCCUCGUCCAGGCCCGUCCAGGACAAGACAUCAGGCCCAUAGGUCAUGACAUCAAGCGUGGGGAAUGUGUCCUGUCCAAGGGAACCCACAUGGGCCCCUCUGAGAUUGGCCUGCUGGCCACCGUAGGGGUCACCGAGGUGGAGGUGCAGAAGUUCCCCGUGGUGGCUGUCAUGUCCACAGGCAACGAGCUGUUGAACCCAGAGGACGACCUCCAUCCAGGGAAGAUCAGGGAUAGUAACCGCUCCACGCUGCUCGCUACCAUCCAGGAGCACGGAUAUCCCACCAUCAACCUGGGCAUCGUGGGAGACAACCCAGACGACCUCCUGAACGCCCUGAACGAGGGCAUCAGCCGUGCUGACGUCAUUAUCACCUCUGGAGGGGUGUCUAUGGGAGAGAAGGUAUGUGAGCAAAUAGACUAUCUGAAACAGGUGCUGGAUAUUGAUCUGCAUGCUCAGAUCCACUUUGGACGAGUCUUCAUGAAACCAGGUCUCCCGACAACAUUCGCCACGUUGGACAUGGACGGUGCUCGCAAACUCAUCUUUGCCCUCCCAGGUAGUAAUCCCGUGUCUGCUGUGGUGACAUGUAACCUCUUUGUUAUCCCUGCCUUAAGGAAGAUGCAGGGGAUCCUGGACCCACGGCCCACCAUCAUCAAAGCCAGGUUGUCAUGUGACGUAAAGUUGGAUCCUCGCCCUGAGUACCACCGCUGCAUUCUGACAUGGCACCACCAGGAGCCUCUGCCAUGGGCCCAGAGCACAGGUAACCAGGUGAGCAGCAGGCUGAUGAGCAUGCGCAGCGCCAACGGUCUCCUGAUGCUACCUCCAAAAACAGAGCAAUAUGUGGAGCUGCACAAGGGAGAGGUGGUCGACGUCAUGGUCAUCGGCCGGCUAUGAUGUCAUCAAAGGGGGACGUUGAGAUGGCUUCAUAGAGAGAGAGGGUUCAAAUGGGUGUUUCACGGUGCAUGUCCACAUAUCAUUGACAAUUCUGUAAUAUGCAACGGCACAGCUAGUUUUUAUUGAUUUGGAUAACGUUGAGGUAUAGUCAACAUCUCGAUCACAAACCUAGGUACAUAUGAUACAAAAAAAUAUAAUUACUUUAAAAAGAUUAUAAUAGUAUUUCAGACAAAGAAAAAUAUAACUUUUAAAGAAAAAAAAUCGAAUUAUCAAAAGAGAUUUAUUCUGUAAUAUAUUAUUAUGAUUAUUCGUAUUAUUGUUAUCAUUAUUCUUCUUAUUAUCAUUAUUAUAUUAUAAGUCAACUUUAUUCCUUUCAUUGCAAUUGCUUUGUGUGUUCAAUGCUAGAUCUUAUCGAUAUCGGUAGCAUUUUAAUAGAGCUGUAGGUGCCUGCCAGGACAAAAAAAUAAAUAUAUAUAUUAUUUUCUCAUCUUUAGUGGGGGAUUUUUUUUUAUUUAUUUUUUUUUAAUAUAAAGAAAAACAAUGAGGAAGACUCCAGAUUUCCCACGGUGCUCGGCUAAGAGGAAGGAGGGAGGGCAUAAUCUCGGUCUACUUCCUCUGUGGUGUGACGCUUUAACGGUGACGCCACACACUUCUAUUUUUCUCUCGUUAGUAUGCAUCAUAAUGGCUUCACAAAGAGCUUUGCUUGUUGUUUAUCUUGUGAGUCUUGUUUAUGUGCGCAGUGCCAAAUGCCUGGGCAGGGAAGAUGGUGGUGCUGGGAGGGAGGGGGGGCGGACAGUCACCCACCAACCUGCCCAGACCCUGAAGCCCGUGAAAAACAAAAACUUUUAUUUGAUCGACUAAGAGUAAGGGGAGAAAAAAAAAACAUGAAAUAAAAGAAACAGCUUCUUUAAGUGCUGACAGCCUUUUUAACUGACUUCACAAAAAAAUGUACAGAUAAAAAAAAAUGCGAAGAAGAUGAACCAUAUUGUACAGAUAUAUGUGACCAGCACUCCUAAGGAAAUUAUUAUUAUUAAGCAAUGAAGAGACAUUGAACACCGUUGUACUAUAAUACAUUUUCUGUAAUGAUAUGAAACUGAUGAAAGAGACAACGAUAAUAAAAAUCCUUGAUCAUUAUGUAAAAAAAUAUUUAAAAAAUUGUUGGGUUUCCUUUUUUCAAUAAAACCUAUUCAAA